AUGCUCCUUCCUCGUGUAAUACCCACUAUGGGCCUUAGCGGUUCAAGUGAUGACAGGCAUCACAACGUGACAGUGAGGGUGACACUGGGGACCAUUUUUUGUUUUUUAGGAAAGACAAGAAUAGGAAGGAAUGAUGCUGCCAUGCCACAGGACAUUGUGGUCCAGGGUCCAGCUGUUGAGGCUGAACACUGUUACAUCCAGAACGAGUCUGGGAAGGUUACCCUGCAUCCCCUGGGGAACAGAUAUCCAUUGAUGGAAUGGCCGUUACUGAGCCAUCGAGGCUACAUCAGGGCUGCAUGAUUUGCAUCGGAAGGUCAAACUUUUUUCGCUUCAACAAUCCUGAAGAAGCCGAGAAUCUGAAGAAAGACACUCUCCCAAAUGCGAGGCUACCACCCAUAUCUAAUAGCUUUCGUCCAGUAACGGAACCCCCUGGCCGUUUUAUGAACAAUCCUGGUGGGCCUUCCCCAGCUUCCUUCGACAUAGACAACAGCGUUGAUUUUGUCGAGAAGGUUUCAAAAUUUGAAUUUCUUGCCCACAACCGUUCGCCGCCAGUUGCCUCGUCCGAGAGUCCUCGCUGGUUUGUUCGGGAUGGGAUCAGGGUGUCACCAUCGCCUCCUUCGCGAGUUUGCGAGCAGUCACCUUCCCUACGGGGCCUUCGAGCAAGCCAGCUCCUCGCUUCACCCAAAACCUCCGUUAUCCUCAUCACCAAAGUCCAAAGUAGACACGGAGUGAGCGCUCUGUUCUGGACGGGCGAGCCCCUUGGUGGCCGGUGGCGCUGCACCCCCACGUCUCACGCCUGGGCCACCGAGUGGCCAGCCACCGAGGACAUCGACGCCCUGCGAGGUGGGUUGGCCUCAACAGCACGCAGGGCAGUAGCCGAGCGCUUGCGAGACCAGGAGCAGGAGCGCCAGGAGCGCCAGCGCCUCGAGGAGAUCCUCUCGCUCUGUGCCGAGUACGAGCGCAAAGUGCACGCCUCGGGAGCCAAGGACAAGAAGCUGCAGAGAAGCCCCCCCUCCUCAGACUCCGGUACCGAGGACGUCACCUCGCCACCGGGCUCUGGAAGUGAGUCUUCUUCAGCUCCCGACGACACCAGCAAAACGUCCGAGUCCUCCAGUGGGAGCGGCGUCUCGGCCGAAGACGACAAGCCGGGGCUACAGCGCAACGACACGGUCAUUCGUCGGCCCAGCGGCAAGCAGCUGCCCGAGCGCCCCGAUGUCGUCAAGCCAGUCCCGGUUCUGGCCACGAGGCCAGUUCCCGCCCCGCGGUCUCAGAGCAGCUUGUCGGAAGCAAUGCCCAAGUCGCCGGAGAGCAAAGCGCCGCCACCACCACCUCCUCCUCCUCCCACGGAAGAAGUGGUAACGGUGGGAGCAGUGGCCAUUUCUGGGACGGAACGUAUCAAGACCAAUGGCUCGCUAGCUCCCACCGAAGUGGACGGCAAGAGGGUCAACCGCAUGCUGGUGGAUGGGAAUGUCUUGUCGGACGGGAUGCUUUCCGUUGCCCCCAAGAAAGUGAAUGUCACCUCAUCGGAGGAUGAACUGUCGAACAUCCUUGGUGGAGGAGGGCCAAGGGUUCUGUCCAACCACGCAGGCUCCGGCUUGUCAAGCCCGCGAUCCGACGGCAUCACCUUGGCUAGCGAGAAGACGCCAGUGCCUGUGCUGGCCUAUCCACAGAGUCCACGCACCCGAAUUCGCACCGUGGCGACGCUGGAACGUUCACCCGAAGUCUUUGAGAAUCCCCUUGCCUGGAAAGAGCUGGCUUCAGCUCAUGGCGGGAAGGCCCUGACGCCUCCCGCUACCAUAGGACCUCCGAUCCUGGAUGACAUACCUGUGCUCAAGGACCUGCCACAGCAGCACUCACUUCCAAGGAAGCUGCCUGAGCGGGGGGUUCCCUCAACAUCCGUAAGGUCAAGCUCUGACGACAUUGGUCUGUUGAAGAGGCAGCGUGAGGACUCGUUCCAGCAAAUAGCAAAGCUCAAGAAAGAUUUGUUUGCUCUAGAAGCACGGUCUAAUGAAGGGAUGAGAGAGUUGGAGCUGGAACAUGCACUGCUAACGGGUGAGCUGACCGAUGCACAAGCUUGUCAGAAGUCAGACUUUGCAAUCCUAGAAGAGAUCCAGGAGGAAGAGAGACGACUCAGUCAGCAGGCAGACCUGGAUCGUGAACAGGAGCAGUUGCAGCUGGAGGUGUCGCGUGGCCGCAUCGAGCAGUGGGAGCAGCUCACUCGGGAGCUGCGCGAGGUGCUCGAGGAGGCCGGGUCCCUGUCCCGUCGGCCUGAGCUGGAGGAGCGCUACCGGCGUGAGCUCGAGGGGCUCGAUGGUGAAAGGAGGGCCUUCGAGGACCUCGAGUUCCGCCAGCUCGAGCGGCAGGCGCGCCGUGAGGAAGAGCGCGAGGCCCUUGUGGCGCGCGCCGACCGCGUUCGCCAAAACCUGCGUGACCGGCAGUUGAGAAUUCGGGAGCUCUUGGAGCAGCAGACAGUACAGAUGCAAAUCGAACAGGAACGGUCCAGUUCUGAGAUUGAGAAAAAGCUUGUGCAAACUCAGCUGCAGCAGGAACAACGGAGGCUGGAACUCCUGGACCAGCAGCUGAGGAAUGCUACUCGCACCCCCCAGCACAUCUCUUUGGAUUCAAGCGAUGACAGCAGCUCUUCUGAUACAGAAAUUGGCUCUACACUGAAAAUGGGGAGCCAGAGCCCGUGGAAUCAGAACCUCCUGCUCCAAGUCCCAGAUGCCACAGUGAACAGGCUCAGUGGCAAUGAGUCAAGCUUCACUGGCAUCGAGUCAGAAUCUUCGAGCAUCAUCAGCAGCAGUGAUCUUCCCAACGAAAGCGUGAGCAGCAGCAGCGACGACCGGAGCCGACCUACCAGCGAACACGUGACCCAGGGCAUCGCACAGCUGGUGAAGCGAACUGCUGUGACAGUCAUGUCGGCCAUCCUCAUGGGAUACGUGACGCGCCUGAAGCGCAACAAGGCCCUCGGCACCACUGUGACAACGAGCAGCGGCAGCUCCUCCUCAGGCGGCGGAAGCGUGCGCAGACAGGUAACAGCGCACUCCUACCCUGAAACUGUUCGUCUACGCGAAUGA